AGACAGCAGCAAAGAGCUCUGGUUGAAAGGUAUGGUUCCGCCCCCAGAUAGAACCGAACACAUCUGACGCCUAAUAUGAUGGUUCUUCAACAUGCUUUGCCCCAUUAUUUGAUACCCUUUUGUCAACCUCCACGUUUAUAAAUAACAGAGAGACAUCUUCAAGUUCUUGUGUGGUGUUAAGGUUCAAUCAGCUUUAUAUUUCAGUUGUUGCAGUUUACAUACAUGGCUUUGUUAAUGUCUCUUCUGUAUAGUUUCAUCAUCUUACUCUCCAGCAACUAUUCCUCAGCUGCUGCUUCUCCACAUCUUCAAGGAUAUCUUGCAAAUGGCAACUUUGAACUAGGGCCAAGGCCAUCAAACAUGAAGAAAACAGUAAUUAAAGGUAGAUCAUCGUUGCCCAAAUGGGAUAUCAGUGGUGUGGUUGAGUAUGUUAAAGGAGGGCCGCAACCAGGAGGCUUGUACUUGGCCAUCCCUCGCGGGAUCCAUGCUGUUAGACUAGGAAAUGAAGCUUCCAUCUCACAAGUUGUUACUCAUCUUAAGCCAGGCUCAACCUACAUUCUCACAUUUGCAGCGACGAGGACCUGUGCACAAGAUGAAGUGCUCAGAGUCUCUGUCCCUGGUCAAACAGAUGAUCUUCCCAUCCAAACAGUGUUUAGCACUGAUGGGGCUGACACUUAUGCUUGGGCCUUUAAGGCUACUUUAACUUCUCUCAGGAUUACCUUUCAUAACAUUGGCACCGAAGAAGAUCCAACUUGCGGUCCUCUCUUGGAUGCUAUUGCAAUCAAAGAAAUGCUACCCAUUAGAUACACUAGAGGUAACUUGGUGAAGAAUGGAGAUUUUGAAGUUGGCCCUCAUGUAUACAAGAACUUCUCAACAGGGGUCCUUGUCUUGCCACAACAGGAAGAUCAAAUUUCUCCACUUCCUGGCUGGAUAAUCGAAUCUCUAAAACCAGUCAAGUACAUUGACUCGAGGCAUUUCUACGUUCCCUCAGGGCACACCGCGGUAGAAUUAGUAUCAGGAAGAGAAAGUGCCAUUGCACAAAUCAUAAGGACAGUGCCUAACAAAUUCUACUACCUAAACUUCACUAUUGGAGACGCUAAGAAUGGCUGCAGGGGAUCGAUGAUGGUUGAAGCUUUCGCGGCCAGGGGGACAAUAAAAGUGCCCUAUACAUCACAAGGAAAAGGAGGAUUCAGAACUGCUAGUCUGAGAUUCCAAGCCAUAUCAGCUAGAACAAGAAUAACAUUCUACAGUGCAUUUUAUCAUUCAAGAUUUGAUAACUACGGUCAUGUCUGUGGCCCUGUUUUGGACAAUGUUGGUGUGUUUGCUGCACGGAAGUGAAGCUUACCAUUCAGCCAAUGCCAGCGAAGAAAGGAGUUGGCUUCUCAUUAUAUGAACUUACUGACAAUAUUUUCAAAACCUGAGUUUGUUUGUUAGAGACGCGAGUCUUUUCUGUCUGAGUUAAAUUGUCUUGAAACCUUCUAUAAAUUAUUUGUAUUUCUUGUUCCAGUUAUGAUAUGUGAUUGAAGGUAGAACAAUGCCAUCCAUCCCCAAA